AUGAGGAAUCCUAAUAAGUCCUUUCCGGUCAAACGAUGGGAUGGCGCAAACAAGACGUCUAGCGAUUGGGAUGGCCUCAGGAGGGAUUCUGAACUCUGGUUCGAUGACGGUGACUGCCUCGUGCAUCUGUACGCGAAAGGCAAUUCGCGACGGGGGCCCUCGAUACGCGUUCCCUUCGCCGCAAUCCAGGAGGCACGAUCCGGUGCGAUUUUUGACAUCUGCUUCGCACAGUUGACUCCGCAAGCGCAGUCAGAUUAUUACGGCUUUGGGGUCCAUGAUGAGGCCGAAGUUGCGCGAACAGCAGGAAAGUACGAGCUUUAUAUCCCCGCGCCCGAAGAUGCUAAGAAAGAGGAUGCUUUCCUAUGGCAUAUCACUACGCGGAAUUAUUUUGCUUUCCUGGCCGGCAAGCCCCUGGUAGGCUCUCACUUGGGAAGGUCCCUAGUCGAUUUGCAAGAAAGAUUACACCUGUUCCGGAAUGGCGACGCGGACAAUCACAAGGACCUCAUGGCAUACAUGGAGGACAUGGGGUACCUGAACUUUGUCCAUUGUCCGGACCAUGCGUUGGCUGUACUUUUCUACGCCGAGCAUUACCAAUUGCGCGAUCUAUGGAUAGACGCGUUCGCCCACUGCGUCGGAAUGAAUGAUUUAUUGUGUUUGAGCACCGAACUCGAGCCUAUCUGCAGAGUCACCAAGGCGCUCAUUACCCGCGCAUAUCUUGAAAUGGACCUCCACGUCGGUCGCGUCGAAAGAGCACUCAGUACCUUCCUCGAAGACGAUCUGUCCGCGAGUCGUCUUGGCGUAAGUCAGGGAGCACGGAAUCAUCUUGAGCGAUUCCGCUCAUUCCUGCACUCAUUUUACGUCGAGAAGUUUAGCUACUGGCCUCCCCCGGAGGGGUCAUCGUUCUCAAAGCCUCUAUACCGCUCGAUGUAUUUCGACUUCCGCAGUCUGUACGACUUCCUCGUCGACAUGGAAUCGUCCGACGCGCUCAUACACCAGAAGCCCGCAAACGGCGGCAUCUGCGUGCUGCAGAACAUCCAGGCAUUUGACAGGCGUCACAAAUACGAACCGCUGCCCCAUCCAUUACCACUUAUACCCGAAAUCCCUCUCGAAGGUCGCAGCAGACAGUCGCAACGAUCGUUGAUCGCUUUCAGACUUGAGUCGAAGAACGCCAAGAAUGAACGACAAACGACGGUACGAGCCAUACUUUCAGCGGCCACGAAUACUAGAAAUACAUCCAUCUUCAAAAGCCCUCUCGUACGCGCCUACGCCCGCUUCGAGAGAGAGUGGUCCGUGAAGCAAGAAGAGAAGGUUUCCAUUGCGGACGCCAGAAGAGUGCGUUGGAUCAUGAUUUACGCCAUCCUCCAAAUGCUCGUCUCGGUCAUGCGCGCGCCGAAAGAAGUGCGCAACUCGGAGGAACCUUCCUACCUGCUUUGCUGUCUGACAGCUGGGUGCCCGCCUUGGAAGGCACGUGACAUGUCCAAAGUACUCAGCCCUGCUCUGGAGGAUGCGACGCCCAGGGCUGUGCAAGUACCGACAGUUCGCGUUGAUGCCAUGCCUUCGAUAACAGACAAGCCGCUACCGGCAACGCCUUCUCCUCGCAUUUCCAUCCAUCCCGACUGCGAGGUCGACUACUUCAGCGGAUUACACGGAGAGCCACCUCUACGACCUCUAUCCAUCGACAUCCCUGCUCCUCUUCGCAUCACUCCCAGUGGUUCUACCCCGGCGUCAAUCAAACGUAAUGACUCUAUGAGCGCAAUCAAGACCCUCUCGUCUGCCUUCUCUUCUCGCCGCAGCAGCGUUGUUGUAAAGCCUGCGCCGUCGCCCUUUCAUGAGAUCAUGAUUCACGGUUACGGCAAUGGCACACACCCUGUUGUUGUCGACCCUCCUUCGGCUACCAGCCAAGUGCUUGGUUCACCAUUCCAACGGCCCGGAUUCAGCUCACGGCCAUGGACCUCCGGAGCUGAAGAGGGCAUUGAGGAGCCUCUCGCUCUCCACCGGCUCCGUAGCCAAGACUCCGCCCAAAGCGCACCGAACAGUCGGCCAUCGAACCUGCGGAUCAGCACCGCACCAGCGCUUGAAACCCUCUCUCGGUCACCGAUCCUGGAAGCAUUCCAGCUCGACCACAUCCACGAGUCAACCACACCGGCCCUCACGGACUCGCCCGUCAGCGCCAGCAUCAACGACCACUAUAGCUACUCCAGUGCGCCGCUUACCCCGAUCUGGUCGAGCGGUUCGGAAGAUGGGUGCAGCCUAGCGACCGGAACGACAGCGUCGACUAGCAAGCGAAAUAGUGUGUCGUCGAGCCACUACGGCACGGCGCCUCCAACUCCCGUCAUUGCUUCUAGGGAAGCACUCCCAAGGUCCUGGACGUCGGCGCUUGUCAACGACGAGCAGCUCCGUCGCAAGGAGAGCGAAGAGCUCUUCACGAGCUACAAACACCUAGUCGUCAUCCGCAAAUCGGUAUCUCUUGAGUCGCUGCGUCUUGGUCGCGAGGAUGCGAGCAACGCCGAGGUUGACAUCUUCUCCGCGCUCUCGCUUCUUCCUGAGAAAGAGUUCCCAGCCUUCAUGCCGGCGCAUGCUCGGCACUCCGCUGUAGAUCUCAGCGCAGCACGAGCGCCGGCUUUGGAUAUGAGUCUGCUGCAGGACGAGAACCGGUCGAUCAUGUUGAAGGUGGGCGAUGUGGUUCGGGAUGUGAGUCAGGUCACGCUGCCGAUCUCGAGGAUGAUGGGGAGGGAGGCCAGGCAGAAGAGGAGAAUUACUAUGCGCUGA